UGUUCACGGUCGAUACACAGCUGAUUCCUCUAAAUGCCAAAAUUAAUCCUCAUUCCGCUAUUUGAAUUCACAAAUAAAGUCACUUUACUAAAGUGUCAAAAGUUCUUUCAAUGUAUUGCUCUUUCAUUCCACGUGUUGUUCCUUAUUACGAUUAGAAAUUUCACGUUGAGUUGUUAGAAACAAAUAAAAUUUCAUUAAUAAUAGUACAAUGGGACGGAAAGCAGAAUUUAGUGAAAAGCCAAAAAAAGGUCCUGGGCGAAAGUCCCGCAAGCAAAAGCCGCCCACUUUCCCGAAACAAUCGUUUGCGCCUUCAAAUGACAUGGAUGAUAAAAAGCUAUCACAUCGUCAAAAACAACGCUUGGUUAAACGUGAUCAGAAAAAAGAAAUCCAAAAGGUAAAAAAGCAGAAACAUAAUAUGAAGUUAAGCCAAGAAAAUAAUAGUAGAUCUAAUGAACAAAGAAGGAAAUUAAGUGAAGGUCCCGAUGUAACCGACGAUGUAGAAUUUCAAAAUAAAUACAACACUAAUAAGCUACAAGGAUUUUUAGGGAUCCAACAGCAUUUGAAAUCUCAAAAACAAAAAAUUGUGGGAUUUACAGACGAUAAUAAAGAGUGGCUGAAACCCAAGCAGUCAAAAAAGCUAAAGAAAAUUAAAUCUAGCGAUGACCAAGACCAAGAAAAGUAUGAAGAUGAGAAAAAUGAAGAAAAUGAGCAAGACUUACUAGAAGAACAAACAGAAAAUGAAGGAGAAGAAAAUGGCGAAGAAGAUGCAUUUAAAGAAACUCUUAAAGUUGAAAAGCUAGAUGACAUAUCUGAUUAUGAUGAUGAAAAUUCCAAUUCAGAUGACGACUUUGAGUUAUCUGAUAGAGAGGAUACUGAUUCUAUCAUUAGUGAAUUUAAAGACAAUGAAGUUGACGACAGCCUGUUACCGAUCGAACGGGAAAAUAAAAAGUUAAGGAAACGUGAAGCUAUGGAAGCCGAAAUGUCUACCAAAGAGAUGCAAAUGUCGAUUGAUCGUCAAGAGGUUUUCGAAUUUCCAGAAAAAGAUGAAGAUAACCAAAAGGAAAUAACACUUCAAGAAAUACAACAACGUAUUAAGGAUCUUACGCUUGUAUUAUCAGAUUUCAAAAAGUACCGCCAACAAGAUCGUUCUCGGCAAGAAUAUUUAGAUCUAUUACGCCACGACCUUUGCAUCUAUUACAGCUAUAAUGAUUUUCUAAUGGGCAAAUUAAUGGAUAUUUUCGCAUUGACGGAACUUAUGGAAUAUUUAGAAACCUCUGAGGUUCCACGCCCAUUAACUAUUCGUACGAAUUCUUUAAAAACACGUAGAAGAGAUUUGGCUGCAUCAUUAAUUAACCGCGGCGUCAACUUAGAUCCUUUGGGCAAAUGGACUAAAGUCGGUUUAGUUGUUUAUAAUUCGCAAGUUCCCCUUGGUGCCACUCCCGAAUACUUAGCUGGCCACUAUAUGAUUCAGGGAGCAUCGUCAAUGCUGCCUGUUAUGGCGUUAGCACCUCAAGAGAAUGAACGUAUUCUAGAUAUGUGUUCUGCACCAGGCGGCAAGGGGUCGCAUAUUGCCUCGAUUAUGAAAAACACAGGUGUUCUUUUUGCGAAUGAUGCCAAUCAGGAGCGGAUAAAAGCAGUAGUAGCAAAUUUUCAUCGCCUUGGCGUUAUUAACGCUAUUGUCAGCUGUGAAGAUGGUUGUAAAUUUCGUAAUUUAAUAUCUGGAUUUGAUCGUAUUCUCUUAGAUGCUCCGUGCACAGGCACAGGUGUUGUGGCUAAAGACCCAAGUGUCAAAUCAACAAAGAAUGAGGUAGAUGUACAGCGUUGUUAUAAUCUUCAACGUAAGUUGUUGUUAACUGCCAUUGAUUGUGUGGAUGCUAAAUCUAAAACGGGUGGAUACAUUGUGUAUUCAACAUGUUCAGUAUUGCCUGAAGAGAAUGAAUGGGUCAUAGACUAUGCCCUCAGAAAACGAAAUGUUAAGCUUGUUCCAACUGGUUUAGAUUUUGGCGUUGAAGGCUUUACAAAAUAUCGCCAAUAUCGCUUUCAUCCCAGUUUAAAUUUAACUCGGCGUUAUUAUCCCCAUAUACAUAAUAUGGAUGGUUUUUAUGUAGCAAAAUUGAAAAAAUUCUCAAACACCAUUCCGAUGACUACGGAACAACAAGAAGCGGAUGAAAAAAUUUUGGAUGACGCGAUAACGAACGCUACAACUAUGGUGGAUAAUAAUUCCAACAAUACUGAAGAACUGGAAUAUGAAAAAAAGGGGACACGGAAACUACUCGGAAAGCAAGCAGGAAAGCCAAACCUUUCAGAAGUGGAAUUAGAUAUAAAGAAGAAAAAAAUGGAACAAAAUAGGAAUAAAUACAUUGCUAAUGUUUUUGAAAAACCAUUAAAAGUGAACAAAAAUGAAAUGGAAGUGCAACCAGAAAAUCAAACAACAAUAAUUGAAAAACAAAACAACAAAAAAAAAUUUAAUAUGGUUGAAUUAAACGGCCAUGAUGCACAAAUCGAAUCUGAAGGCAAAAAUACACAACAAACUAAACUGAAUACAAAAAAACAGAAAGAUCUCCCUCAAGGGAAGGUAAAACUAAUGAAACGACAACAUAAAUUAAAGCAGAAAACAAAACUGAUUGGCCAACUGAAAAAUGAUAAAUCUAAAACACACAAAAAUAAAAAAAAUUAGUUCAAAUAUAAUUUUUAAAACCCGCAAAAGCAAAGAUAUAUAUUUUAUUUUGAAAUAUAUGUAACUUAAGCAUAUUUUUAUAAGUUUAAGUAAUGCUUAAGGUUUGAAUACACUAGGUAUUAAAAAAAAUUAUGUGAAAUUCUGCCACUUUAGUUUGGUUAUGAAAUAAAAAAGUGAUAUGCGAAUUUCUAAAUAAUUUACAUUUUGAACAUCCUUAAAAAUAAUAUAUAAAUUGAUGCUAAUUCAAUAAUUUCAUACAUUUUAACGG